CAACAGUUUCGGAUCAUGGUGGACAACCGCAAGUCCCUUGGUUUCAAAACGCAGCAGCAAUUGUUCCACCAGGAAAGAAACAUCCAGGCCUUGAAACAAGAAUACGAUGAGAUUAAUUUGCUGCUGACUCUCACCAAAUCACCCCGCAACCUUUACAUAGAUGACCGGAACUUCAUGGAGCUGAGGUUCCUUCUGCAGACCAGAGAUGAGUACGAUGCUCUGAUCAGAGCCACCAAGAAUUUGAUCGCAGAACUUGAUGACAAGGUAGAAGAGGUGGAAAAAAAGAUUAAAACCCAAAAAAAUCUGAUAGUCAAGCUGAGGCAGGAGUAUGAUGGGAAGUGGCUUCAGAAGCAGAUCCACAAGCUGGAUAACCAGCUCAAUCAUGCCACGGUACAUUUUGACACGAUCUUGACCAGAAAUGCCAUGCUCCGUGAAGAAAUAGAAACCCUGCAGUGCCAGAAGGCGGUCUUUGAAGGCAUCUACUCACGCCUUCACAAGAAGCUUGAGCAGCAAAAGAGGACCAUGAAUACAUCCAUUGAGCAGUCUACACAAGCCUACGAGCAGAGGGUUGAAGCCCUGGCGAGGAUCUCUGCCAUGAAUGAACGGCGCUCCAAGGAUAUUGCCCAGUUCAACAUUGAGUUUCGGGAACUGGAGCGAAUCUAUAACCACGAGACCAAGCUGAAAGCAUUUAUGCUCAUCAAACUGGUGGACCGCUCUGAAAUUGAGGAGCAGGCCAAAAAGGAAGAAGCGCUCAAGGCAAGGAAGCGGGCCAAGUCGAAAGGGGAGAGCUUUGAGAGCUACGAGGUGGCCUACAUGCGACUGCUGAAACUGACGGAAAACGGGAACAUUGGGCAGCUGGUGGAGGACUUCCUGGAGAAGGAGGAGAAGAACUUCGCCUACUUCAGCUACGUCACCGAACUGAACAAUGACAUGGAAAGGCUGCAGAAGAGGAUUGAGGUUGUCCAGAAUGAAAUCAGCCAGCUGAAAUCCCAGCAGAAGGCAGAUGAAGUUGCAGUUCAUGGCAGUCUGAAAAGCAUGGAGGAAAAACUGCAGAAGACCACCGAAAACGCCAAUCUCUACGCUUACAGUCUGAAAGAGAGCAGCAAAAUCUUGGACCAGCUGAAAUCCGCAGUGGAUUUUCUGUUCAAGAAGAUCGGCUGCGAUGCCACCAAGAUUACACAGCAUCUGGGAGAGACUGGAGAGAUCACCGAUCACAAUUUGAUGCAGUAUUUCAGCAUAGUAGAAAAGAAAAGCAACGACCUUUUGCUGAUUGAGUCCUUCCUGCGCUACAAGCAAGUCGAAGGAGAGCUGGACACCGUCCCACUGAUGAAUCCCUUUUUGGGUGGGAGUGCUCUGCUAAAGAAAAUGGACGCCAUUAAAGUGACUCCACCUUCUCUCAGUGUGGAUCCCUUUGCAGACAUGUCAGAGCUUAUGGAACCGCUAGACCACAAAAAUCUGCGUGCCAUGAUCUUGGAAAACCAGGAGAAGGAAAAAGCCAUAAGGAAUACUGUCGCAGAAAGAUUGGAGAGUGGCAGAGAAAAAAAGAAAGUGUCACCGGUGUAG